GUACCAAGCAAAGCAAAUCCGUCCGUACUCUUUCUGCGUUGCGCUCCUUGAGAUCUAUCAGUUUGUCGCUUUCAUUUACAGUGAUCGAUCACGUACCAAGUGAUCAUCACUUGGCGCUCUGCUCCAGGCCGCUGUCAUCAUCGCUGCUGCUGUCCUCGCCGCUGCUGUCGUCGCCCUUCUUGCGCUUCUUUGCAGCGGCCUUCUUUUUCUUGGGAGGACCGCCGCAAAAGCCCUUGCGCCGGCUGGUUCCUUCUUGCCCUUCUUCUCCUUGCCCUUGCCUGCCGCUGCCGCCGUCUUGCCGCCCGCCUUCCUCUUGGGUUUGGCAUUGGGCUGCUUCUUCGACUUGGGCGCCAUCAUCUCUUCAUCAGCAUCCUCUUCGUCGCAGUCCUCCAGGUCGCUGUCCUCCAGGUCGUCGCUGCUGUGCAUCAUCG